AAACUUAAGAAAAUAAAGGAAUAUAUUUCUGUGGUGUGGCUGUUUAUAUAUGUAUAAUUUAAUGUAUGUAUAAUUUACAUUAGAAGGCAGCUACACCUCUGUACCUAGACCAUAAACCCUUCAUUAUUUCAUAAUUCAAUUAAUGUUGUAUUUAGUUUAUUCACAGUCGUAGACUGAGCUGAGCGGUCCGAACCGCUUAAGUCUUCUGCCUGACAAAAUAAUCUCGGGAAAACAAAUCUUCAGAGUCCUGUCGCACAUACUAACGUCAUCAUACUGCGCCUCAGCGGUGGCAGAACACUACUCGUAUGAUUGGUAACUUGCACGUGUGCGCUGCGCUAAAAAAUAAAAGACAUGAGUUCGUUUUCCGAGCAGCUCCAGGAUCUGUUAAAUCCUCAGCCAAAGUUUGCUGAUCCUGAAGACGAUGAUGAAGACGAAGUCACCAAAGCCAAGGUGGUGGACAGGUUCGGGGAUGAUGACGAUGAAGGUGCUGGGAUCAGUAUCCUGAGGAAGGGCAACACGACCCUGUUGUCCGACACCGACCAGAGAUACGCAGGGAAACCUGUGAGCAGAAAACAGCUGCUGAUGGAGGAGGAAGGGGAUGACGAGAGCAUGGAAGAACAGGCUGAAGAUGUAGAAGAAGAAGAGGACUAUGGUUCAGAUGUUGAGGAAGAUUCUUCUGGAGAGGAGGAACCUAAGGGUUCUGACAUAGUGUCUCCUCCUGGUGUGAAUUUCUGCCAAAUGACUGAAGGCAUGGAAGGUCUGGGAAUGAGUGAAGAAGAGGACGACGUUAGUGGUUUGGAGACAGAAGACAAUGAGGAGGACCAGGAAAAGGAAGAAGCCUCUGAUGAAGAAUUAGAAGAUGCCCCAGUUCAAACCUUUUCCAAAGACAAAGUGGAAGAGGAGGUGGAGAAAGGAAAAGCUGUGAAGAACCAGCUGGCGCUGUGGGACCAGCUGUUGGAGGGACGAAUCAAAAUCCAGAAAGCUCUGGUGACAGCCAAUCAGCUUCCACAGCCGAACACUUUACCCGAGGUCAAGAGAAGGGGUGGACCUGAGGUGGCAGGUGCACUGAAAAACGCCCACAAGGCCCUGAAGGCUCUGCAGCGCUCCCUGCUAGAGCUGCAUGAUGAACUUUUAUGCCAAAACACAGACACCAGAGCAGUUGCCCUGGGGGACAUGAAGGAUGUUGACGAUGAUGAGAUCGAGAGUGAUGAAGAUGAAGGGCCAAAAGAAACUGGACCACCAAAAAGAAAACUAGAAAUGUCAGAAUAUCCUGACUUUAUGACCAAACGUUUUGCAGCCUUUCAGCCGUACCAGAACACCACGCUGCAGAAGUGGCAUGACAAAACCCGGCUCACCACAGGGAAGAGCAACAAGGGGUUUGGAGCAUUUGACCGAAACAUUCUGACUCAGGUGGAGCAUGUGUUGGCAGACAAGGAUAGGCUUUUGAGAAGAACCCAGACCCGCCGAUCAGAAUACAGGGUUCUCGGGAAAAAAGAGACCUCCGAAGCCAGCUCCCAGAAUGCUCCCCCUGCUGGUGUGGAGGAGGGAGCAGAGCAACAGCUGAAGGCUAACCUGCAUCUCAAAGAUCUGGAUGAGGACAUAUUUGAUGAUGAUGACUUUUACCAUCAGCUGCUCAGGGAGCUUAUUGAGCGUAAGACCAGCACAGUGGACCCCAAUGACCAGGUGGCCAUGGGCCGGCAGUGGCUGGCCAUCCAGAAGUUGCGCAGCAAGAUCAAAAAGAAGGUGGACACAAAGGCCAGCAAGGGUCGCAAAGUGCGCUUCCACGUCCACAGCAAGCUGGUGAACUUCAUGGCCCCGAUCAACCACAGCUCCAUGAGCGACGAGGCACGCAACGAACUGUACCGUGGUCUCUUUGGUCGCAACGUAGAGGCCAGAGAGUGACAUGAGUCUGGUCAGGGGACAAAUGAAGAACUGAAGAACUGAGACUUAAUCCACUGGUUCCAAAGCCACAGGUUAUAUGGGAAAUACACAUUUAAACUCUGGUGCCUAAAACACCAACCUAAUACAAUCAAUAUUGUGAUUAAAAAAACUGUUUCAGACUAACAAGUACAUAUAAAAUACAACAUACACAAUGUUUACACUUUAAAACAUACAUUUUUAUUCAUCAACUUUCAACCUUUUGCAAUAUUUCUUAAGUGAAUUUUAUGUUGGGCCUGAAUUACGAACAUGUUUGCUGGUCAUUUAAAUAACCGGUGAACUGAACCACUUGAGAAAUAGUCAUUCAUAAGAAGAGUGUCUUUAGGGUAGCCGUCAUGUCAUUAAGUAAAAUAUAUGAGAAAAUGUCUACGUUUGUGUGAUGUGUUCAGAGUGAAAACUUUGUGUGAUUUUUUAAAAAAAGUUGUAAUUUUAUUUUUCAUCUAUGAACAAUAAAAAUCUGAAGAGGCUAUUGAAAAAA